AUGGAUUCCAUUCCGAGAACGCACGAAGACAUCGAAGCACAAAUAAGAGAAAUACAGUCAAAGAAAAAAGAGAUUCAAAAUGCAACUGCGGAGAAGGACCAAGUAGGACUAGGAAAAACUGGUUUUUACGAUCAAGACAUUUACGAUGGAAGUAAUAAUAAAUAUGAAGGCUACGUUACAUCUAUUGCGGCCAAUGAUGAAAUUGAAGAAGAAGAUUAUGAACCGACAACUUUCAGUACCAGUAAGAGACCUGGAUACACUGCACCAGCAGCGUUACUCAAUGACGUCGCACAGAGUGAAAAAGAUUACGAUCCAUUCGCGGACAGAAGAAGACCCACCAUAGCUGACAGGGAGGAUGAAUAUAGACAAAAAAGGAGACGAAUGAUUAUCUCACCAGAACGUGUUGAUCCUUUCGCAGAAGGUGGUAAGACGCCGGACAUCGGUUCUAGGACGUACACCGAGAUUAUGCGAGAACAGUUACUCAAAGGGGAAGAAUCUGAGUUAAGAAAGAAAUUAGCGGAGAAAGCUAAGGAGGGAACGUUGAAAGCGAACGGUGAACCCAAACCUGCACCUAAGAAAAGAGGUCGUUGGGAUCAAACGGACGAUGCUCCAACGCCUAAGAAACCGACUACCACCACAGCUACAUCUUGGGACAAUGCCGACGUAACACCGGCAGCUAUCAGAUGGGACGAGACGCCUGGACAUGGUAAAGGUGGAGAGACUCCUGGCGCAACGCCAGGCGUGAGCACGCGAGUGUGGGACGCCACUCCAGGACACGCCACGCCUGGCGCAGCCACGCCGGGCAGAGAAACUCCGUCUCAUGAGAAAGCUGUUUCGAGCCGUAGAAAUCGUUGGGACGAAACCCCGAAGACCGAGCGUGAAACUCCGGGUCAUAGCAGUGGUUGGGCAGAAACACCGCGGACAGAUCGGGUCGUGGGAGAUUUGAUUCAAGAGACGCCAACACCUUCCGCGAGUAAGCGUCGCAGCCGAUGGGACGAGACGCCUUCCAACCAGACGCCUGGAUCGAUGACGCCGCAAACUCCAGCGACUCCACUCGCGACGCCGCAUCAGGCUUCGAUUCUGACUCCUAGUGGAGUAACGCCGACGGGGCCGAAAGCUAUGGGCUUAGCUACACCUACGCCGGGACAUUUGAUGUCGAUGACCCCGGAACAGCUCCAGGCUUAUCGCUGGGAACGUGAAAUCGACGAGAGGAACAGGCCUCUCUCGGACGACGAAUUGGACGCUCUGUUCCCGCCUGGAUACAAAGUUUUGCAACCACCCGCAGGAUAUAUACCGAUUCGUACGCCCGCGAGAAAGCUCACCGCGACUCCGACACCGAUCGCCGGUACGCCGCAAGGAUUUUUCAUUCAAACCGAGGAUAAGACCGCGAAGUUCGUGGACAAUCAGCCGAAAGGUAAUCUGCCUUUCAUGAAACCGGAGGACGCGCAAUAUUUCGACAAACUGUUGGUCGACGUUGACGAGGAGACGCUCAGCCCCGAGGAGCAGAAGGAGAGGAAGAUCAUGAAAUUACUGUUGAAAAUUAAGAACGGCACGCCGCCAAUGAGGAAAGCCGCUUUGAGACAGAUCACGGAUAAAGCGAGAGAGUUCGGCGCUGGUCCGUUGUUCAAUCAAAUACUACCCCUGCUCAUGUCUCCUACUCUGGAAGAUCAAGAGCGUCAUCUUCUUGUAAAAGUGAUCGAUCGUAUUCUUUACAAACUCGACGAUUUGGUCAGGCCUUACGUCCACAAGAUUUUGGUCGUCAUCGAACCUUUGUUGAUCGACGAGGACUACUACGCUCGUGUAGAGGGCAGAGAAAUCAUCUCGAACUUAGCGAAAGCCGCGGGUCUCGCGACGAUGAUCUCCACGAUGAGGCCAGAUAUCGACAACAUAGACGAGUACGUGCGAAAUACAACGGCCAGAGCGUUCGCCGUGGUCGCAUCGGCAUUGGGAAUUCCCUCGCUGCUUCCAUUUCUGAAAGCUGUGUGCCGUAGCAAGAAAUCAUGGCAGGCCCGUCACACGGGCAUCAAAAUUGUCCAGCAAAUCGCUAUUCUCAUGGGAUGCGCUAUAUUGCCGCAUUUGAAGAGUUUAGUCGAAAUCAUAGAACACGGUUUGGUCGACGAGCAACAAAAAGUUCGUACUAUUACCGCUUUAGCGAUCGCUGCGUUAGCCGAAGCAGCCACUCCGUACGGUAUCGAAAGCUUCGACUCUGUCUUAAAACCUCUUUGGAAGGGUAUUCGUACACACAGAGGGAAAGGUCUCGCCGCGUUCUUAAAAGCCAUUGGUUAUUUAAUUCCCCUUAUGGACGCUGAAUACGCUAAUUAUUAUACUCGCGAAGUAAUGUUAAUUCUUAUUCGUGAAUUCCAGUCGCCGGAUGAGGAGAUGAAGAAGAUUGUUUUAAAAGUAGUGAAACAAUGUUGCGGAACGGACGGUGUAGAAGCGCAAUAUAUCAAGGAUGAAAUUCUGCCGCACUUCUUCAAACAUUUCUGGAACCACCGAAUGGCUUUGGAUCGUAGAAAUUAUAGACAGCUUGUGGACACGACGGUGGAGAUCGCGAAUAAAGUCGGCGCGUCAGAAAUCAUAAACCGAGUGGUGGACGAUCUGAAGGAUGAGAACGAGCAGUACAGAAAGAUGGUCAUGGAGACGAUUGAAAAGAUCAUGGGUAAUUUGGGAGCCGCGGACGUCGAUUCUCGCCUGGAGGAGCAGCUCAUCGAUGGUAUCCUAUACGCUUUCCAGGAACAGACAACAGAGGACGUCGUGAUGUUAAAUGGUUUCGGUACCAUCGUCAACACGUUAGGCAAGAGAGUGAAAGCGUAUCUUCCGCAAAUAUGCGGUACGAUACUGUGGAGAUUGAAUAACAAAUCUGCUAAGGUGAGGCAGCAAGCUGCCGAUUUGAUAUCACGAAUCGCCGUCGUCAUGAAGACUUGUCAGGAGGAGAAAUUGAUGGGUCAUUUGGGCGUCGUUCUUUAUGAAUAUCUGGGCGAAGAAUACCCUGAAGUGUUAGGUAGCAUUUUGGGCGCGCUGAAAGCUAUCGUCAACGUGAUAGGAAUGACAAAAAUGACACCGCCUAUCAAGGAUCUGCUACCGCGACUCACUCCCAUUCUAAAGAACAGACAUGAGAAGGUACAAGAAAAUUGUAUAGAUCUCGUUGGGAGGAUCGCGGACAGAGGACCCGAGUACGUGUCCGCUAGGGAAUGGAUGAGGAUCUGUUUCGAACUGUUGGAACUGUUGAAAGCUCAUAAGAAGGCGAUCAGAAGAGCCACGGUGAACACGUUCGGUUACAUUGCGAAGGCGAUAGGGCCUCACGACGUGUUGGCGACUCUUCUGAACAAUUUGAAAGUGCAAGAGCGUCAGAAUCGUGUAUGCACCACGGUAGCUAUAGCCAUCGUGGCCGAAACUUGCAGUCCGUUCACGGUACUGCCCGCAUUGAUGAACGAGUACAGGGUGCCGGAGUUGAACGUGCAGAACGGUGUAUUGAAGUCCCUCUCUUUCUUAUUCGAGUACAUCGGUGAGAUGGGAAAGGAUUACAUUUACGCUGUUAGUCCGCUGUUAGAAGACGCGCUCAUGGACAGGGAUUUGGUGCACAGGCAAACCGCGUGCGCCGCUAUAAAGCACAUGGCGUUGGGUGUCUACGGUUUCGGAUGCGAGGACGCGUUGAUACAUUUAUUGAAUCACGUUUGGCCCAACGUUUUUGAGACAUCGCCGCAUUUGGUACAAGCGUUUAUGGACGCCGUAGAUGGUUUGCGCGUCGCUCUCGGACCAAUCAAAAUACUGCAAUACACUUUACAGGGAUUGUUCCAUCCGGCACGGAAGGUACGGGACGUAUAUUGGAAGAUCUACAAUUCCCUUUACAUAGGCGGGCAGGAUGCUCUCGUAGCCGGCUACCCUCGAAUCAUGAACGAUCCAAAGAAUCAAUACAUUAGAUACGAACUGGACUACGUUUUGUAAUGAUUUUAAGUAGGUAUACAUAAAAGAUGUGUACUAUACGUUUACGUAAUCUUCAUAACAAUUAGCACCGAUCGCUUAUUAUCGUUCGUGGAUCAGCUGAAAUAGUUGUACGUUGCGUGAUGCGUAAACAGUUGAUAGUGAAUGUUGAUUCUAUUUAUUUGUCAGAAUCCUUCGAACGAAUUAUACGUGAGUCCCCCAAAAUUAAAACUUUUUAUUCUAAUUCCGGACUUAAAACGCAAUAUGUGUCCUUAUACAAAUAAAGUGUUUCAUAUUCA